AUGUCCGACGAAAAACCUCCCGUUACCGCCGAGCCCACAGCGAAACCGCCAAUGGGGACUAGGAUUGCAAACAAGGCUCGUGGCACACUCACAAAGAUCACUACACGUGAGGGUUGGGUUGGUGAUUACGAUUUCGGAUGGCUUUGUGCGCCUACUUUGCCCUAUGGCAAGAACAAAGCGCGAAA